AGGUCCAGCAGUUUCUGCUGGCCACCUCUUGUUUACUCUUUGUCUCAGUCUGUGGGACUCUGUGACUUCGGAGGAGAACUUUCCCACUCUUCGGUGAAUCUACAAGCCGCCAUUGGAGCCUACUAUGAUUUUGAGAGUCCAAAUAUCAAUGUACCCUCCAUGUCCUUUGUUGAAGAUGUAACCAUAGGUGAAGGAGAGUCCAUCCCUCCUGAUACCCAGUUUACGAAAACAUGGAGGAUACAAAACACAGGGACAGAGGCAUGGCCCCCAGGGGUUUGCCUGAAGUAUGUUGGGGGAGACCAGUUUGGCCACGUGAACAUGGUGAUGGUCAGGUCCCUGGAGCCCCAGGAGAUUGCAGACGUCAGUGUUCAGAUGUGCAGCCCCAGCACAGCAGGAAUGUAUCAGGGACAGUGGCGGAUGUGCACUGCCACGGGACUCUAUUACGGAGAUGUCAUCUGGGUGAUCCUCAGCGUGGAAGUUGGAGGACUUCUGGGUGUAACACAGCAGCUGUCAUCCUUUGAAACAGAGUUCAACACGCAACCGCAUCGCAAGGUAGAAGGAAACUUUAACCCAUUCGCCUCUCCACAGAAGAACAGGCAACCAGAUGAAAACAACCUAAAAGACCCUGGGGGUUCCGAGCUAGGUACAAUCAGCAAAAACACAUGGGGGCCUCCUCCUGACCAAAUCGAACAAGAUCAGAAUGGACUGUCACAAAACUCUGUAAAUCUCUCCCCCAGCAGUCACUCGAACAACUUGUCGGUAGUGACAUACAGUAAGGGUUUCCACGGUCCUUAUCCCUUCGGACAGUCUUAAACCACAAAAACACAAAACGGGUAUCGACAAGAGGCGAAUUUAACAAAGAACUGACUUUUGGGGGGAGGGAGGGGAAUUCACGUGGCAGACAGACACAACGUGGACACCCCCCUCCUCCUCCUGCGUGUUCUGGAUAACGAAGACAACUUAAGUAACUUAAAACUCAGUAACUUAAGACUAGUUGUUUCCAGAGGAAAAUACAAAGUCUAAGUAUGCAUGUGUGAAUGCUGAGUUUCAGGAGUGUUGUUCAAUGCUAUGAGAAAGAAACUAUCCCAACACCAUGGUCCGGUUGGGUUUUUUAGCAAUCCUUCUCACCCGUAAUUAGGGAGCUUAAAAAAAAAUGACUAUGGAAAAGCCAUCUUUAAAAUAUUUUGCCUACAGAGCGGUUGUAGUUUUGAGCAAAUGUUUAAUUUCUGUUUGUUUCUUGUUCUUUAAGUAAGGGACAGCGUGCGUUUGCAUGGGACCGUCGUGUUUGGCUUGCUCCUGAAUGGAAUUUGCUUCGUGGCUUCUGGGGUUUGUGCAGUGAUUUCCUUAUGUCAGAUGCUUUUUUAAUGACAGGUUGGGCCUGCGCCCGGCUCUGGGUUUUUAAUAUCAUCUGCUGGGUUUAGUUACCAAGCUUUUUUUUUUGGUUGUUUUUUGCUCUCUUUUUAAUUCCUUGUAUUUCCUUUUGGUUUGGUUGUUGCUGUUAGUUAAGUUGUGCUGCGUGUCGUUGGAAACCGCAGCUCUUGGGGUCAAAGUUAGAGACUCUGGGACUUCCAGCAUAACAUGGAGAGCUCAUUUCCCUUCCCUUGUACAUGAAAUACACAUACCACCAAUAUUAAUAAGAAACAGAUUUAUUAAAGAGCCGGGGCUGUCCUAUGUGGUUAGCAUUUUAAAAUACCUUUUUGUUAGCUCUUGAUGUGCAGUAGCUGGGCCUAGAGCAAUCAAGCAAGCGUAUCAAGUCUUAUGCCAAGAGGGAAGUCUCUCUCUGUAGGUGUAAUUCACUUGGUGGUAGUUGCAAAGCUUUACAAAAGUCAUGUCCUUUUAAUUUUGAAUGGCCCAUCUCUCUUUUUAUAGAGUAUAAGUUUGCAUUCAUUUCUCCUGUGAUAAAAUAUUAGCUUAAAGGCGAACAGUUUGUGGCUUUGAAUGUAUCAUCAGCUGGAUUCCACUCUGUCGCCUUGUAUUCAUUUGCCUUUAGCAUCCUGGCUUACAGCAUCAUUGAGGUUCUUACCUUCAAAAUGGGAUCUCCAGGGCUUGGUUUUAGAGAAGGAAUGGCUCCUCUGAUGGUUCAGGUUGUCCUGCUGUUCCUCCGAUGUCAUCUCUUCCAGUUGUGGAUUGGGAAUGAGGUCUUAAUCAGAAACAUGAACACGGCUGCAACAGCCGCCUGCCAAAGGUAACAGUAAUAUGCAAAGCUCCCACUACCUUCUUCCAGAUCUUUCCAGUGAAGACCCUUGUUCUUGUUGGAGUAGAACAUGGGCUUGCUGCAUGGUGCGUGUCUUUAUGCUGAUUGCCCUUGACCAGUUGUGUUUCCUUAGUUGUCUUUGAAUGGGGCAUUCAUUUUCAUUGCAGCUAGCAAGGACUCUCUUACUUUUGUGUCUACAAAUGAGUGUUGUGGAGGACAUUCCAGAGGAACCUUCCUUGUAUCCAGCAGAGGAAGAAUUGGGUGAUAUCUGGUUUGUAUUUCAGAGGUUCAGUUGUUAAAGGUCACUUGUUACCCAAAAUCUCCCAUCAGUAAUGUGCUUGAAGGGAGAAACGAGCACGGUGUGAGAAAUCACCUGCCUGAGAGAGGCACUGCAGGAUUUGGACUGCUGGCCAUUGGCACUUGCAGUGUGGAGAGCCCCUGGCUCUGUCUUGGCCCCUUGCUAGAGCUGGGUGGUUGUGAACCUGUGGGAGGUGGUGCUGCACUGCUCAGUGCAGCUGUAGUGUUUGGUUCGUGUCCUCUAACAUCAUUUUGCCUUGGGUUAUCUCUUAGCAUUCAGUUUAGGGAAUUAUUUCCAUCACUAUAGCAUCGAAUGGGUAAAUGGAUUCUUUCUGUGAUCCCUUCCUUUCCAAGCAGCUGGCUUGUGCAGCAAGCUCUGAAGGCAUCAACAGUGACCUGACCAUCACACCUCCUGCAGUGCUGCCACUUCCCUUCUGGAGGUGUCUAAACCCCUGGGGACUGUUUGUCCAAGUGACAAGGCAAUUCCUUAUCUUUACUAGCUCCUUUUAUCAGGUGUGUAGUGGAAGCCAGGGGGGUGGUGUGAGGAUUAAGUUCUGUUGUACCUGGUGCUGCAACCUUUGCCUUGUGUCAGCUGAGGCAUUUGGGAGACCCUUGAACUCUUGAUGCUCCCAUGCUGGCUUUGUGCUCCCAGUCAUGUAUGCUUCUCCCCUAGGUCAUGGCUGCCACAUUCAUGUUCCUGUGCUCCUCCUUAGGGUGCAUUUUCCUCUUCCUGAAGAAACCCUUGCAUGUACCACAAGUAGUGUGUGCUUUCCCACUCAGAAGGCAUACUCAUUCUGCACAGACUUCAGUUCUCUUCUCUUGAGUGUUUCCAGUCCGUGAUGUCCCUAUGACCAGGGUCACUUACUGGAAGGUGUAAAGAAAGGCAGGGCCAGAUCCGAGUUGCUGCUGAAAUCUGCAACCUUUUGCUGCUCACAUCACUGCUCCUCCCCAGGUAACCGAGUGUGACCACUCUUGUGUGCAGGGAUGAUCUCUGCAAGCAGUCACACUGAGCUCUGGCUGCUUUGAGGGUUUAGGUUGUGGCUGUGACAGUGGAAGAACGCUUCAAUUAGUGGUUGCUCUACCCCUUGGGUUUUAACUUGAGUAAAAACUGAGGGCAAAGGUGGUUUUAUCUCUUGUGGUCCUUUGGAGUGGUGCAGGCAGCACUGAAAUUGCUCGAGCUGUCAGGUUUCCAGCUUUUAAAUAGGUGGGGUUUGAGGUGUAUUCAGCAAAGCUCUUCCCGGGUGACUUCAGAGCACGGGGAUUGUGUUGGUUUCUGUACGCUGAUGCAUUCAAACUGGUGGAGUCUUAACAUCAAAUCCAGGAACUAAAUGGCCUGGUUUUCCAAAAGGGCUGAAUGAGAAACGUUUUGGUGAGCCUGAAGCGUGGGCUUGGAUAACCCUGAUCCAUGUGAGUUACACACGUAGAGCUCGGGCGUGUUAGAAAUGGCAGGGAAUCCUUACCGGGUUGAGAGUGGUGAACUGGUGAAGAGGCUGUUGCCCCAGUGAGGCUGGUACCCACUGCUACAGGAGGAUGCAGUGACAGAGGCUGCAGCUGGCUCGUCUCAUUAACACCCAUCUGUCUUGAAGCCCUAGAAAAGAGGGAGGGAUGUUCCUGAACUGCCCCAGCCCUUCCAAAGGGAAAAGGUAACACAGAACAUCUCUGAUAGUCCCUCAAAUGGCUCCUGGUGUCAAGCAAGGAGCUGCUUAGGCUGUGGAACCAUAUUGCUGGAGCAACCUUACAAUGGCACCCCAGGCACAGUGUCUCAGCCUAGGCAAACUGGAGCACAGUAUCCUUAGAGGACCAGCCCGUAACUGGUGAUGCUGUGUGAGGAGGGGAUGGAGGGAGCUGGAAUGUGCUGCCCGCAUCUCAGGAGUGUUGGGUUGGAGCUCUCUGGGGUUUAGAGGGCGAUGCUGGGUGGUCAGGGAGGUGCACGCUGUCCCGUGUCUCCGUUUCUGUUGUGUGUCUUGAUUUCUUUUGGUGUGUGAGUGCGUGGGGGUUCUGCAGCCUGUCUGUUCUCUCUGGGCAGAGUGCAUGUGUAGAACAGGAUGGUGUGUUGCCUCAUUGAGUCUGGGAGAAGUCCUAUGAUAGCACAUUGAGGGGGG